AUUAUCUCUUGUCACAUACCUUCAUAUAUCUUCCUUCUUCAUUCCCCUAAUCCAUUUUUCUCUUUCUUGGCUAAUCCAUCAUGACUGUCAAGAAGGUUGAGAUCAAGGUGGAUAUAAACUGUGGGAAAUGCAACAGCGCAAUCAUGGAGGCAGCCACGGACAUAGAAGGUGUGAAUCAUGUUUCAUUAGAUGAAGGGAAAAGCGUACUUACAGUUGUGGGUACAAUGGAUCCGGUCUGUAUUGCAUCAAGGUUGAAGAAGAUUAAACAGAAACCUGUAAUCAUCAGCGUUGGACCACCAUCGAAGCCUCCUGAGCCACCAAAGCCUCCAGUGCCUGAGAAACCAAAGCCUCCAGCAGCACCUGAACCACCAAAGCACGUAUGCAAGCCACCUUACUGCAACAGCUGUGAUGUUGUGUCUGUUACUACAUAUGAAAGUGGAAGCGGCUGCACCAUUCUCUGAGUCCUGAAUUUUAUACCAUAACCUUCAUGUCAAGUCUGAAACCUAUAUUUAGCCAAGACUAAUUUAUCGUAUGUUAUUAUGCUUUUUAUUUCUCAAAUAUAAAUCUCCGUUUGUUUCUCCCUCCCCUGUUUUAAACUAGUAGAUUCUUUGGCACGAACGUGCUAUAUAAGAUUGUUUUCAGUA